UUAAAUUUCAAUAAUGCUACAAUAUAUAACUCAGUGACAUAAAUUCAUAAAAUCACACCACCUAUUGCUCCAAAUACUUAUCUAAGCAAUGGCGGCUUGGCCUCUUUCUUGCACUCUCUCCUUGUUAACACUAAUGUUCCUACAAUCAUCACCUAUCGCUGCCCAAAAUAAAGGCAAUAUACCAGUAGGAAAAUCUCUAUCAGCUGCCACCAAUAACUCUUCAUGGCAUUCCCCUUCCGGCGAUUUCGCCUUUGGCUUUUCCAAAUUUUCAAACAGCAGCAAUCUCUUCUUGCUUGCCAUCUGGUAUGCUAAGAUUCCCAGCACCAUUGUUUGGUAUGCAAAUGAUGGUAAUCCUGUUCCUCAAGGAUCAUCAGUCAAGAUUACAGCUAACGAGGGACUAGUUCUCAGUGAUCCUAACGGAAUCAACUUAUGGAGCACCUCUGAUGAGCUAAGUGACGGAGGUGAGGUAAAGUAUGGCUACAUGAAUGAUACUGGGAAUUUCGCCCUCAAAAGUAGCAGCAACAAUCCAGUUUGGCAGAGCUUUGACCAUCCUACAGACACUUUGCUGCCUUCUCAGGUUAUGGAGACAAAUGUGGAGGUUAACGCUAAGCUAUCAAGAACUAAUUUUACAAAGGGGAGGUUCCAGUUACGUUUGAUGCCUGACGGAAACCUCGUCCUCAAUCCCAGGGAUCUAACAACUGGCUUUGCCUAUGGUGCUUACUACACUAGUGGCACUAAUGAAAACCCGACAAUUUCAGGUCAGAGAUUGGUCUAUAAUGAAUCUGGGUACAUGUUUAUUUUAAGAAAGAAUGGGUCCAGGCAAGAUCUCUUGCCGCCAAAAAUGGUGCAGUCAACAAAAGAUAGCUAUCAGAGAGUAACUUUGACAUUUGAUGGGGUGUUAACAUGGUAUUCUAUCCCAAAAGCCACCAUCAGCAAUGUCUGGUCAACGACGCACGUAUUACCAGAAAAUAUUUGUAUCACUAAUCAAAAUUUCAGAGCAGAUGUAGGCAGUGGAAUCUGUGGGUUUAACAGCAUUUGCAGCAUUGGUGAUGAUAGAAAGCCGACAUGUACAUGCCCAAAAGGUUACUCAUUUCUAGAUCCUAAUGAUACAUUUGGCAGCUGUAAGCCUGAUUUCAUGCUAGAGAGUUGUGAAGGAUAUGCUGAGAGAUCCAUGAGGGGUGAGUACAGAUUAGUACCCCUUCCAAAUACUGAUUGGCCAUGGAAUGAUUAUGAAAGGCUUGAUCCUUGCAGCGAAGAAGACUGUAAGAAUUCUUGUUUGAAAGACUGCUUCUGUGCUGCAGCCAUGUUCGGGGAUGUAAAUAAUCUUGCAGGUUGUUGGAAAAAGAAGGCACCACUGUCCAACGGAAGAAGAGACAGCACAGUAAUCGGGACUGCUUGGAUAAAAGUUGGAAAUGUUAGUAUUUCCAAUAGUUCAAUCAGUACUUUUGUUUCCUUACCCCCUUCAACAACAAAAAACAAGGAGAAAUAUCUAAAUAAAGCUCUGGUUGGUGGCUCUGUUUCUGUUAAUUUACUACUUUUAAUUGCAAUCUGUUUCGGAAUUUUCUUCAUUUGUCAUAAGAAGCAACAGAAAGUGUCUAAUGAGGGCCAGCAGAAAACAUUGAGAGAGUAUAGUCACGUCCAUUAUUUCAGCUACCAAGAGCUAAAUGAGGCAACUUAUGGAUUUAAGGAAGAGUUGGGAAGAGGGGCUUUUGGUGUAGUUUACAAGGGCACGAUCAGAGGAGGUGGUCCUUCAAUUUGUGUUGCUGUUAAGAAGUUACAUCGAGUAUCGUCCGACACUGACAAAGAGUUCAAAACAGAAGUUAAUGUCAUUGGUCAGACACAUCACAAGAAUCUAGUACAGCUUGUAGGAUUUUGCAAGGAAGGGGAUCAGCGGCUGUUAGUAUAUGAAUAUAUGAGCAAUGGUAACUUAGCUGAUUAUUUAUUUGAUGAAAUGCGGCCAAGCUGGAUAGAUAGAGUUCAAAUUGCUCAGGGGACAGCUACGGGGCUAUUAUACUUGCAUGAGGAGUGCAGCACCCAAAUCAUUCAUUGUGAUAUAAAGCCCCAGAAUAUACUUUUAGAUGAAUAUCAUAAUGCUCGUAUUUCUGAUUUUGGGUUGGCAAAGCUUUUGGUUCUAAAUCAAACCCAUACAAAUACAGCAAUCAGAGGGACCAAAGGCUAUGUUGCUCCAGAAUGGUUCAGGAACAAACCAGUCACGGUGAAGGUAGAUGUCUAUAGCUUUGGGGUUCUUUUAUUGGAGAUCAUAUGUUGUCGAAAGAGUGUAUGUAUGGAGCUAGUUCAAGAGGAAGCAGCAAUCUUGACAGAUUGGGCAUUUGAUUGCUACCUAUCAAAUAAACUAGAUCUACUAGUCAAUGAUGACAUGGAGGCACUUAAGGACAUGAUCCGGUUGAAGAGGUUUGUAUUGGUUGCCCUUUGGUGCAUCCAAGAAGAUCCAAGUCUACGACCAACAAUGCGAACAGUCACACAGAUGCUAGAAGGACUUGCUGAAGUGCCUAAUAACCCUCCUUGGCCUACCUCAUUUUCAGUUACUACCCAACAUUAAAACAGCCCAAAAGGCCCCUGAUAAUGUAUCUUGAUCACUUUUUUUUUUUAAAUGUAAAAUUUAGUUUCAUGGUGUAAACCUGAUUUCAACUAUUGGUGUGGUUAUGAAUGAUUUCCACAGAAAUAAAUUUACUUUGUGAUUUCAGUAGCAAAAUUAGUAAGUGCAUUUCCCCAGAAACCUGCUUUAAGCAAUAUCCUAGUGUUUGAAGGAAUGUAGGAGUUAAUGAUCUACCUAAAGUCCUAAAGUCCUUAACCAUGAUGUGCAUAUUAGUUUUAUUACUAUAUUUGUGCCAUAACUGAAGACCUCGUUAUGUCAACCUGUGGUAUAUACAGCAAUUGUGAA